AGCAGAGUAUCCUUUGGUUUUGUAUCGGAAUACAAUUCAUGCUCUGUAUCCUUUUCACAACUCCAAGCAAGGCACAAAAGUUUUUCAUUGGCGUUUAAAUUCUACCCGACAAUUUACCUCCUUGAUCAACUACGACCUUACACAGAAACCAAAAGAAAGAGAAACAGUCUUCGGUGCAUCGAAGACAACGAAUUCUCUUCCAACGUUCCCCUACMCAAAAUAGACGAAGACGACGACGACGACGACGACGAAAACCAACCGCUGUAAAGCUAUGAAUUGCGAAAGAAAAAAAAAGACGAUGCUCACGCCUGCUGCAUUCCUCGUCCUGACGACAAUGAUGGCAGCGACGUCAUCAUCGACUGCGAUAGUCGAUGCCCUUGUACCAACGACGACAACUGCUGGAACUACCGGUUUCACAAAUAAUCUUGACAUCAGUGCCUUUCAAUCCAAGCGAGUAAGAAGUAGAUUGGCGGCAAUUGUAGCGGCGUCCAAAGAUGACAACGAUUUGUCAUCAUCAUUUCCUUCCAUGCCAGAAGACAUUAAAUCUGUCGGUGUUAAUAACAAGAGUAGUCAGCGGAAAGUACGGAAACGACGAUCAAACAAGAAAAAGAUACGCACUAUUCCGACUAGAAAGAACUCAGUCCCGAAAGCUAUUUCAUCAGAUGUAGGAAGGGGAGAUAAUGACUCCGAUUCAUUAAAACUCCACGGAUCCAUACCGAAAUUAUCUGAUAUUUUUGAAGGUCGCGCUUCGUUGAAUACGGUAGACCAAGACAAGCCCGAAAAAAGUAUUAAAGUUGUCAAGACAAAGACGAAGAAAAGUAUAAAUGAGGAGUCAGCCAGGAGUGCAGCUACAACCAAAAAAAGCAACAGAAAUAAAAAAGUUCGUGAUACAAGCCCAGCGGGUGUAGCGUGGAGAGCUGGCUACAAGUCGUCUAAACGGACCCAGGGUCGAAUUCAGAAGGCAUUUAAUGAAGUAAUGCCAUCGACUCACAAUGACUCUCACUCUCGUGCCAAACUUGUUUUGGACACACUCUUACAAACUCCGCCCGAGUUUUGUAAUUCUGUCAAUCUCGUAUGCGCCUUGACCUACAGCGCGAAGGCCCUGGGAUACCAGAGGGUAGGCCAUGUGGGGAAAAAUAUUGAAUUUCGCAAUAGUCUCCAGGAAACGUUUGAUAUUUUGCACGGAUUGGUGGUAGUCCAUCGAGCCGAAGGAUUAUUUACUCCUCGCCAAUUGUGCAACGUGGUUUGGGCGAUUGCCAAACAUGUCGAUCGCGACCAAGAUCUACUCUUGUCACAAGGGAAGAACGAAGAUUCGGAUUCCCCACAGAGGCGCCUUGAAGAAACCAUCGACGAGAUUGCGAAACAAUUAACUACGAUUCUCUUCAAUGAAGACAAUGAUGACAGCACUGCAAUCAAGAGCACAUUUCAACAGCCAAAGAUUAAGUUAGGAGAGAUAUGUAUGGCUUGUUGGGCGUACGGAAAAUUGAGACCUCGAGAAAUUCCUCCUGGAUGGCCAGGACCUCCGCAAAUGGGAUCAGUCAAGACUCAAGAUUCGAUUGUUGCAGACUGGAAAACCGAGCAAUUGGGAACACUUAACAAAGAUUCUGCUGCUUCGAACAAUCUCGGAAGCGAUGACAGUGAUGACGGGAGCAAAGAUGUUUCAGAAACUGGUUUGUUAUUUGAUGCUAUGGGAUACGCUCUGUGUCAAAGUGUCAAUAAUAAUGAUUUGGAUGAGUCAAAAUUAUUAGAGGAUUGCACGUGGAGCGAACUUGCAAAUGUUGGGUGGGCUUUUGCUUCUCAUGGUAGAUGCAGAAGUCCCGAAUCAGAAAUGCUAUUGAAAAGCGUUGCCCAAGAGGCCUCAGAGCGUCUGAAGGAGGAUGGCACUAUUGCGAACAAUGGCAACUACCAGAGGUUCUUAGUUCGAGAUAUCACACAACUGUUGUGGUCUUUGGGGACCUUACAAUCAGAUAAUUUCCGAUUAGCAGAUGAUUUGGUCUUCUUAGUAGAAUCGCUGACCACGAAUCUUCAGUUGGGAGCAAAGAAAGGUUCAAGUUUUGCUAGGGGACGCCCGCUGCAAAGAUGGUCGUGUGCAGAUCUCGUUCAAACCUCAGUAGCGUUGGCACAUGCACGGAUUGAUGAAAGGCCUUUACUUCAUGCAAUAUAUUCAGAAGGUAUUCAUCGUCUGAUGGAAGGAGCGUCUUCGAACUACAAUGCAUCGUCUCUAACAACGUCGCUAUCAACGAAGAAAACAACCUCAAAUAGAAUCGUACCCAUGGGAGAGGAUCGCCGAACCUUCCAUCCAUGGGAGACUAGUAUUUUACUCUGGGCUCAGGCACGCCUAUACUUGACGGAGAAAGAGGGAAAUGAGUUUGCUGAAUUCACCGAAGAUGCUCCUUUAUUCUUUCUUGACACGUUGCGUAAUAACAGUGGUUCUUUUGAGAAAUCCAAAAUAGGGCCCCAGGAGCAAGCGAACAUUGUAUGGUCGUUGGUGAUAUUGGAAAAAUACGAUUCGACUGAGGCAAUUUUAUUGAUUGACCUCAUUUUUGAGGAAGCUGCUCGCCACUGCAAAGAAAACAAAAGUAUGCAGCUCGAGCAUGCUCAUCAACUAUGGCAAGCUUAUUUCAUGUUACAGAAAGAUUGCCCUGAAGCAGUAAGACGGGUUCCUGAGUGGUUUGCAUCAUAUUUGAAAGAAAAGUGGUCUCUUGAAAAAGCCCGUUUCAAGUUAAGUAGCGCUAGGCAUAAAUCUCUUAGCUCUACGCUUGAGUUGAUGGGGGUUAGCCACAUCAACGAGCACGAGGAGGACAUUGAUGUGGCAAUCAUCCUUCAGCCUGAUGCGAUGUGGGUUCAUGAAACUGAUAUGGACAAAGAUACCUCAUCGGAGGCGGCACCGAAUGCAACAGACCAUGUGUCGGUCGCAAUUGAAUUCGAUGGUCCAAACCACUUCACUCGGGUCCGCACUGAACCACAAGAACCCAGUGGUCUGCCACCUCGUCCAAAUACUCCCCGUGCUCUUGGUCACACUGUCCUCAAAUACCGGUUACUGAAACAACAGGGUUGGACAGUGGUUCGUGUGCCAUAUUACGAGUUUGAUAAAAUACCAUUUUGGGCCUCCAUGGAACGUCAGCGUUAUCUCCAAAGGAAAUUGAAAACUCAUGCAAACAUAAAAUUUAGUGAAGUUGAUGUGAGCGAAUACAAGGCCCUGACACCCGAUAGAAAAUCGAGGUACGACUAAUAAUAAAUGACAAUCAUCGAUUCUCUUCUUUUCAUUGCAAUCGAACGACAAAAAUUUAGCAAAUACUUCUAGAACUCUUGUGUUCAUUUCUAUCCUUACUGUUUCUCAUAGAUUUACCGGUUUGGUACGAAUUUGUUGGUAUCAUCAUCGCCGGCUAGAUUCGAGAGACUGAAGUUUGUCAAAAAGAUUCGAAUUGUCGUCGUGAUUCACAAUUCGUGACUAAACGUAGACUGCACGA